ACCUAGACCUAGUCCAAACAAAACAGUCUCUUCUUUAUAAAAGUAAGGUACCUCCAAAGGGCACACUUGAUAGUACCGGUAUGACAGAGCGUACUGGCCUAUGUGACCAGUGUCAACCUGAUCAACUGCCGGGUCAACCAACCAGCCUAAAUAAAUACACCGCAGGCACAGACAACAGGCAUUGGUUCUAGAACUAGUCUAGGCCUAGACCAGGGGUGGCACCCAAUCGGGCUACCUUACCUUGGUACAGUACGAGCUCGGUAGUGGCCCGGCAAAGAAGUGGUACCGGAGAUAGUGACAAGGGACACAAGACAUAAAGCCAAAGAGCUGUUUGAGCAGGCAAAGCUUAGAAGCAACACACUUCUAACGUGAACCAUAAUAUCACCAUUUUCAAUCAUUGAUUGUUCAUUGGUCGAUUGACAUUGUUUACUCAUUUUGCUUCAUUCUCGUUCAUUCUCAUUGGCAUAUUAUCACACCAAUAUGGACCCAAGUAAGAUGCCCAAGAAGCUUUGGGAGCAUCCCGAUCCCAAGAGCACGGCUAUGUGGCAGUUUAUGCAACGAAUCAACGACAAGCACAACGCCGGCCUCAAGACAUUCCGCGACCUCCACCGCUUCUCCAUCACAAGGCGAGGCGAGUUUUGGUCCUCGCUCUGGGACGCUGCUGGCUACAUCCACGAGGGUACCCACGAUCAGGUUGUGGACUUUGAUGCUCCCAUAGACUCGGUUCCGCGUUGGUUUGAGGGCGUGAGGCUCAACUGGGCCGAGAACACUCUCUACUCGAGGGAUCGCGGCUCUGCGCCGGGCACGAGGUCUCUGACCUCAAAGGAAGAUGACAAGAUCGCCGUCACAGAGGUCCGCGAGGGCGCGUCUGAGAUCCGCGACAUCACUUGGGGCGAGCUGCGCCGGCAGACGGGCGAGCUAGCGGCGGCGCUGGCCGGUCGGGGCGUCAAGCGCGGCGACAGAGUAGUCAUCGUGGGCGCCAACAGCAUCGAGACGCUGCUAGUCUGGCUCGCGACGGCGUGGCUGGGCGCCAUCUUCAGCAGCAGCAGCACCGACAUGGGAGUCGACGGAAUACUGCAGCGGACCGUGCAGAUCAACCCCAAGGUUCUGUUCAUGGACGACGCCGCGCUUUACAAUGGAAAGGUCGUCGACCUGCGUGAGAAGAUGACGCAGGUAGUCUCCGGGCUCAAGAAGGAUUGCAGCGCGUUUGCGGGCGCCGUCGCCAUCCCCAGGUUCCAGGGCCACGCCAAGGAUGUCAGCAAAGUGCCCAACACGGAGACGUGGGCCAGCCUGCACUCCCAGACUCAGGGGGCUCAGCCGCCACCGUUCACGAGGAUCCCCUUCCACGAGCCUUUUCUGGUCUGCUACUCAUCCGGCACCACGGGUGCUCCCAAGGCCAUUGUGCACACCGUGGGUGGCCUAAUGCUCAGCCUGUACAAGGAGGGUGCGCUGCACGAGGGGCUCGGCCCGGAUUCGGUGACGCUGCAGUUCACGACGACGGGGUGGAUCAUGUACGUGACCAAUAUCGGCGUCUUGGUCUUGGGCGCCAGGGCCAUCUUGUACGAUGGCAGCCCGCUCACACCCGACCCGACGGUCUUGAUCAAAAUUCUCAGCAAGUACAAGGCCACCAAGCUGGGGACGAGUCCAAGGUGGAUGCUCGAGCUGGCCAAGAGGGGGAUCUCACCGAAGGAAGUGGCCGACUUGUCGAGUUUGAAGAUUGUUUUAUCGACUGGCAUGGUCUUGUCGGAUCAGCUGUUUGAAUGGUUCUACGAGAAAGGAUUUCCCGCACAUACGCAGCUGGCGAACAUAUCGGGUGGAACAGAUAUUGCUGGUUGCUUCGGUAUCAUGAACCCCCUCGAACCAGUCUACAUCGGCGGAACCCAGGGCCCCAGUCUCGGCAUCGACGUGCGCGUGUACGAUGCCCUGGAGCCCAACGGGCCGGGCAAGGAGGUGCCGCACGGCACGCCGGGCGAGCUCGUCGCCGUCAACACCUUCCCCAACAUACCAGCCUUCUUCUGGGGCGACAAGCAGACGGCGGCCACCAGCGCCCCGCCGGGCUCCAAGUACCACGGCUCCUACUUUGCCCGCUUCGACCACGUCUGGAGCCACGGCGACUUUGUGGCCGUGCACCCCAUGACGGGCGGCAUUCACUUCCUCGGCCGCGCCGACGGCGUCUUGAACCCCUCGGGCGUGCGCUUCGGCUCGGCAGAGAUCUACGGCGUCAUUGAGCGUCGCUUCGCUGACGCCGUGGUGGACUCGCUGUGCGUGGGACAGCGGAGGCCCCAAGACUCUGACGAGAGCGUCAUGCUCUUCCUCCUCAUGAGGCCCGGUCACAAGCUGGACGGGAAACUCGAGCGGGAGGUUAGGCAUGCCAUCGGGGAGGACUUGUCCAAGAGACACGUUCCCAAGUACAUCUUUGAGACGCCCGAGAUCCCGACAACCGUCAACCUCAAAAAGGUCGAGCUGCCGGUCAAGCAGAUCGUCUCGGGCCAAAAAAUCAAGCCCAGCGGGACUCUGGCGAACCCUAAAAGCCUUGACUUCUACUACCAGUUUGCCAAGGUCGAGGAUCUCGUUGCCCCCAAGGCAAAGCUGUGAUGAAAUAUGCUGCAUGUAUUCGCAGAUAAACAAAAGACCAAUUCAUCACUCGGUCGAUGCCUCCCCUACCUCCAUCCAGCUCUCGAUGCAUCACGCAAGUCGCUGCUCGAUAGAUAGAGCGACUCCUUCUUUCCUUUCCCUUCCGAAAUGGUAUACAGCCCGAGGUAAUACAAGCUUGAACAUGUGCCUCUUUGUGUUGCGGAAGCUUUCCAUCACAAGGUGCAAAAAGAACAAAAAAAGGGGGUGAGGUGGGGUGUACACACAAGCGCAACAACAGCAAUGAGCGCUUGCGUGUGGCAUGCAGCACGACGAAAACAGAAACUCAUCUAAGCCGCAAUGGGUAAGACAUGCCGUAGCACUGCAGUAAACAAUCUAUAUGCAUUGUACUUAUUGAAAAGAAAAUUCCAAGGAAGCUACCUAAGAUGCAUGAAGCGGCACGGGGAAGAAAGAGAGAUAGAGAGAGAGAGAAAGAUAAAAUAAAGGAACAAAGUACCUGCGAGUAACAGGGGCGGUGGCUCUUCCGGUUUUGUGAACCCCACACCUCGAGGUCGUCGUGGAACAAGAGAGCAGAGAUAAGUGGGAAUG